AUGGAUUUAUCCAAAAGUGAUUUUACAGAUCUGCCAGUCAUUCCGGAGGGAUGUUAUUGCACACGUCUUACAGCUGUAAGUUGUAAGGACUUAAAUCUCACCCAAAUACCAGCAGGAAUAUCCCCUAACGUUACAAAACUCUCUUUGGCUGGAAAUGACAUACGACAUCUACCGGCAGAAGUGUUUACUGGUAUCAAUGAUCUUGUCAAAUUGUAUUUGCAGCACUGUGCAAUAGAAUCCAUUUCAUUAGAAGCUUUCAGGGGCUUAGGAUCAUUAAAAGAAUUAAAUUUAACAGAAGUAGAAAUUGCAAACAUUGAUAUCACACAUUUUGAGAACCUCAAGAACUUAGAAUUUUUGUACUUCAAAAAGUUCCAUUACUGUAGUUUUGCGCCACAUGUACGAAUAUGUAGGCCUAACACUGAUGGUCUCUCUUCCACUGAACACUUACUAGUGCGGCCGGUUCUGCGCAUGUCAGUGUGGGUGGUGGCGCUAGUGACUUGUUCCGGGAACAGCCUGGUGCUGUUUUGGAGAAUCGUUAUUCGACGUCGGACAGAAGAAUACCAGAUCACAGCUUUAUUCAUUAAGAAUCUUGCGAUGGCUGACCUUUUAAUGGGAGUAUACCUUGUAGUCGUCGGGGCCAAAGAUAUAGCUUUCAGAGACGAGUACAACCAUCAUGCUCACCAAUGGAUGGCCAGCUGGGGUUGCACAGCCUGCGGCAUGCUGGCUAUGGUGUCGUGUGAGACGUCCAUCCUCAUCCUAAGCCUUAUGACGAUGGACAGAUACCUUUGCUUCAAGUGUAACAGCCACAGAAUCACGGCAAACGCUGCUCGCUACAGCUUGAUAGGAAUCUGGUUGAGUGGUCUAGUCCUAGCUUUAUUCCCUGUUAUCACAUGGCCACAUGACAGGAGAUUCUACUCCAGCAACGGGCUUUGCUUCCCGCUUCAUAUCGACGACCCCUACAUGCUUGGAUGGGAAUUCUCAGCUUUUGUGUUCCUUGGUAUAAACUUCCCUGCUGUACUUUUGAUGGUAGCGCAAUAUGUUUGGAUGUUUUACCUGAUCUCCCGCCGUAUGAAUAAGUCCCAGCCUGGAACUCUGAAAUCCAAUAGGUACAAAGAUGACACAGUAGUGGCGCUGCGGUGCUUCUUCAUUGUGUUGACUGACUGUCUUUGUUGGAUACCAAUUGUUAUAAUCAAGAUUGUGGCAUUGUGUGAAGUACCAAUAUCAGAGAAUCUGUUUGCUUGGGUUGUGGUGUUCAUUGUUCCUGUAAACAGCGCCCUCAACCCUGUGAUAUACACGUUUGGCUAUCGAGCUCGAGAGAUGAAAAGACUGACUCAAGGGGUUUUACUGUGGUGUCGAAAACCCGUGGAACAGGUGUUAGGACCAGGCUUCGUUUCAAAAGAUGAUGGCCGAUUAUCGAUAUGGACUCCAGACGAUCAGAAACACAUCACUUAA